AUACGGUUUCCAGCACCAUCACGAAUUGGCAGCUUCUUAAUUGACUCUGAGUGGAUAGAGUAAGCGUAAGAAAACUUGGUCUGAUCAUAAGGUCAGUCGGAUUUCCUUAUUUAACUGAUCUUCACUGGCCAGUGCUUCUUCUGAAUAUCAGCAUCUUAAAUGUAACAUACUCGGAGCUCCGUAGAGUGCUUUUGGUAACAUUCAAUUAGUUUGUGAUCUUAAUUUGGUCGGUAUGCAAAGUUAGUGAAAACAUCAUUAGUUUUGUAAAAUUGAAGUUAACUUAAUUGAAGUCGGCUCUUUGAAGUAGCAGUGGCGCAUUUAACAGUGAAUAAAGAUGAAAACAGUGGUCAUUCCGGCAAAUACUGAAUUCUUUGCAAUUAUCGAUCAAAAGAUACUCAGAAACUUAUUUUCUGAAUUUGCAUAGACACAUCCAACUUGUUGUUAUGUAUUGAGGAAUUUUGCACGUUCUUAGUUGAGAAAAUGUGUUCCAUAAUUAAGUGAUUAAUUGAGUUCGUGUUCAAGUAGCGCUUUGAUUCCUGUACUCUAUGAUAAAAAAUAUCCUGGGUGGCGAAAUGCAACCGAAUGAAACAGGUGGUGGCGCCGAUCAAAACACCAGACCUUCUUCAAACAACCCCUUUCAACAGCAACAUGAAUCGAACUCAGUACGGUUGACGUCACCACAACCACCACCAGUUCCACCACCACCCAACCAAAAUCAUGCAACAACGUAUCAACAACAAAUGCCACCACAAAAGCUGUCCCAAUCUUACCCUCAAGUCGGCACCAGAAUGCUGGGCGAUGAGCCUGGUAAUGGCGGAACAUGGGCCAGGACGAAAGCAUGGAUGAUUCAGUGGAGAGGAUCACGACGUCUGGUGUUGGUGAUUGUUGCUAUCGCUUUGCUUUUGGAUAAUAUGCUUUUGACUACCGUUGUCCCCAUCAUUCCGCAAUUCCUCUACGAUAUUCGGCACCCUGAAGCACCGCUGGAUAGCCUACCCAUCGGCCCGCCAACUACUCCUGCACCACCACCUCCCUGCAUCAAUCAGCAAUCAGCCCCUCCAUCGAAUCGAACAGAACUUACAACCGCUGGAUAUGAUGAAUCUGGAGCAAACGCAACCAUGAUUUACGAGGAGCUACAGGAACGUCACAAAGAGCUUGUCGGAGAAACUGUGGAGGUUGGCCUAAUGUUUGCUUCCAAAGCGUUUGUGCAGCUUCUCGCUAAUCCAAUUGUUGGUCCUUUAACACACAAAAUCGGUUACAGCAUACCAAUGUUCGCAGGAUUCGUGAUCAUGUUUUUAUCAACACUAAUUUUUGCUUUCGGGAGAUCCUACAGCGUCCUGUUUCUUGCAAGAGCCCUUCAAGGCAUCGGGUCAUCAUGUUCUUCGGUAUCUGGGAUGGGAAUGCUGGCUGAUCGAUACACUGAUGACAAGGAACGCGGAAAUGCGAUGGGAAUAGCACUGGGUGGAUUAGCUUUAGGUGUACUCAUUGGACCACCAUUUGGAGGAAUCAUGUACGAGUUCGUGGGGAAAUCAGCACCUUUUCUCAUACUCUCCGCAUUAGCGUUAGGUGACGGGCUCCUCCAAUUGUUCAUGCUUCAACCAUCACUCGAACAUACUGCUACUGAUCCACCAUCCUUGAAGUCACUGAUAACUGACCCUUAUAUCAUCAUUGCGGCAGGAGCAAUAACAUUUGCCAACAUGGGUAUUGCUAUGCUGGAACCAUCUCUGCCAAUCUGGAUGAUGGACAAUAUGGGUGCAAAGCGAUGGGAACAGGGUGUUACAUUUCUGCCAGCUUCGAUCAGUUAUUUGAUCGGAACCAAUCUUUUUGGACCCCUAGGACACCGGAUCGGACGAUGGUUGGCAGCACUUAUUGGGCUUGUGAUAAUUGGAUUCUGUCUCCUCUUGAUUCCAGUGGCAACCAACAUCUAUCACUUAAUUCUUCCCAAUGCUGGCCUCGGUUUUGCAAUUGGCAUGGUUGACUCUUGCAUGAUGCCCGAACUAGGUUACUUGGUGGAUAUCCGGCACACCUGUGUUUACGGAAGUGUAUACGCGCUGGGAGAUGUGGCUUUCUGUCUAGGAUUUGCAGUUGGUCCAGCACUAAGUGGAACGCUUGUCAACAGCAUCGGCUUCGAAUGGAUGUUAGUGGGAAUAGCAGCUUUGUCCUUCUUGUACGCACCACUUCUAACCUUCCUGAAAUCACCACCUACCAAAGAGGAGAAGAAGGUUGGUACCGAUAAUCCAGGUUUCGAACUUAACGAAAAUACAAACCCAGUUAGCUGAUGUUUUACGUUUUUUUUUAUUUGUUUGGUUUGUGAAUAAGUUUUCUUUGUUUAAUUUUAUAUGAUUAUAAUAUAAUUCCAGUUUAUACUUCAA